UAUAAAAUGCGCGGCAGCAACGGCGAAGGGCGUCAUCACCACUCAUCAGCAGCAGCAGUCAGCUGGUCUGGUCAGCAGCAGCAGCUCAGCUCCCACGCAGAGCCAGUCUCUCCGGCGAGCUCCAGCGCCGUAGUCAUCAUCGCCAUGGCUAGGGAAGAAGAGCUCAAGAGGAUUGACCUGAAGGUGAACGUGAGCUGCUGCGACGGCUGCAGGAGGAAGGUGAUGAAGGCGAUGAGCCUCAAAGGCGUGCUGAGGACGGAGAUCCAGCCGUCGCACGACCGGGUGACCGUCGUGGGCGACGUGGACGUCAAGGUCCUGGUGAAGAAGCUGGCCAAGGUCGGCAAGAUCGCCGAGCUGUUGCCUCCGGCGCCGGCAGCUUCUGAACAGGGCAAGAAGCAGCGCGAUGACGGCGGCAGGAAGGACGGCGACAAGGCGACCCCGGCGCAGGCUGAGGAGAAGUGCAAGGGCAACGACGACGGCGGUGACAAGGCUGCGCCGGGAAAGCAUGAGGGGUGCAAGAAGUGCGCGCGCGAGGCCGCCGCACGCGCCAUGCCCGAGGGCAACAAUGGUGACCACGGCAGCAUGAAGAAGCAGGCGCCGUCGUCCAAGGAUGACGCCGCCGCCGCCGGUGGCUGGAGCGGCGAGGAAGGCGGCGACGCCGACGCAUUCGGCGCCAAGCCCUUGGCGGUGGCGGCCGAUCAGCACCACGCGCAGGCGCCACAGCCGCAGGCGCAGGUGCAGGUGCAGCAGCACUACCACCGCGCGGAGCCGGCGAUGGUAGUGCCGGUGCAGGUACCGGCCUACUACCCGCCACCGGCCGCCGCGGCAGUGCCGUACUUCGGCUACUACGGCAUGCCCCCUCCCCCGCCGCCGAUGCCGAUGGCGCCGCUCGCCCAGCGGCACCCGCAGGUCCGGCCGCAGCCGUCCCGCUUCGACGAGGACUACUUCAACGACGACAACACGGUCGGCUGCAGCGUCAUGUGAACCGCCGUGAAUGGAGACGGACCAACACCGCCGCCACGCCACGCCACGCCAUGUCGUUUUCGCGGGCAGAUCGUAUCGAUGGCGAUGCCAUCUGCCUCACGCCCCCGCGCGCGUGUGCACAGCACACAGUGUGACCAAUGCAACAAAGAAACGGCGUUGUUGCUGUCAACAAAGAAUCAAAGAAAGCCCCACGAUGUAGUGCUCCUCGUUCUUCCCCCGAGCCCGAGGGGGGGACCUGUUCUGUCAACAUACCAUACGUUAACUAAUCGAUCGAAAAGACGCGAUGGCGUUGCUGUCGGGGGGCCUGUUGCGCGGUUCUUCCUCCGGCACCGGCACUGUGCUCGGCGGCGUCCCAUCGCGGGGGGCCGCCGGCCGGACGAUUCGCGCGUCCCCGCGAGUACGCAAGGACACCAACGGCACGAGUGGAGAAGGCGAUGGAAGCUCGACGAAUAUGGGGGCUUUUUUCGAUUCGGCGUCGCGGGGAGACGGCCGGCCACGGCCGCUAGCUCCCGAUUCGGCGCGCGCUCGGGGGUACCGGCCGGCCGGGUAGGUGGGCAGGCAGAGGCAGGUAGCCGGCGGCUUUGCUUUGCUGGAUUCCGUGCAUGGCCCGCUGCUUCUGCUUGCUUGGCGGAUAUAUGGUCGCCGCGAUUCCAUGGCCGACUGGACCGACCACCGGACCGGACCUGCGGUCGCGGAAGUUGAGCUGAGCUUGUGGCAUCAGUCAGCAGGGCCGUGCCGGCAAAAAAAAUAAGGCCAUGUUCUAACCUUUCUCAAUUUAUCUAGAAAAAAUAGAACAAUAAUCAUAUGCAGUAUUAUGUAGCACUAAUUUAUCGCACUGAGUAAUUAAGAAUAUUUUCUAUGCAAGCCGUGAAUUAUAGACAUGUCUAAGAGAAUUAGGGUACUUGUUGGUUUCUAGCCUCGAAGUACCAAUUAUCUCAAUUUUUUUAUGGAUCC